GAUCUAAGUUUGGUAUCAGAAAACACAAGCAAAGUCUUGAGUGAUGAUCCUGAUGACACCUCCAGUGAACAUUCAUACUCAACUUUCCAUGCUAAAGAGUCGGAUGAAAGCUCUGAAGAUGAGAGUUCAAGGGUCAAGAUUGUCCAGCAUAAAGAGGAAUCUAAAAUUCAAAUAAGAAUGUUCACACCUCAAGAAGCCCCGCCGCCUUCAAAACUCAAAGAGGAGGCUACUCUACGAGAAAGUUUCAGGAGGUUAAAAAUAGUAAGAACCAGCUCCGUGAGUAAAGAUGGCCCUGUUCUAGGGAGGUCUUCAUUGCGUGGUUUGAAAGACACGGCAGAUGGACAUUCAAUCCCCUCAUCUCAUCUUAAUGCAGUCUCAGAACAGCCGCAAGAAGGUUCUGGAUCUGUGGGUAAACCUGGUCAGAAUUUCCCAACAAAUAAGCCCACUCUGCCAUCUAAAGAUGCAAAUACGCCACCAGAGAUGAAAGAAAUAUUAGAUCGCCUAGGAGCCCCGCCUCCCUAUCCUGGUAUGGUACCUGUUUUAAAUCCCAGUUCUGUUGACAUUAAUGUUUUACCUGCCCUUACAACCAACAGCAAUAAUAACAACAUAAUACCAGAAAAGAAAGAAGAGCAUUUGAAGUUACCCACCAACACUGGCCUCAGCCAAUCUCAGAACAAACAGCUUCUGACCACUGUAAAGCGAUCCAGCUCUGUAGGGACCGCUCCCCCAAAAGCCGGUCCUGUGCUGUCGGCACACAAGGAACCACCAGGGACAAAGCCCAGAGCAACAACGUUUAAUCUUGAUACUGUCGUCCCCGUGUCCAAGCCUGGCAUGGUUCGCUUUAAUAAAGAUUCAGAUGUCGGCACGUCAGUCCUGAAGUCAGACACUGUCAGGAAUCCCUCUGUGUCAGGAAGUGAGAGUGACAGCAUCAAGUGUUUGAGUGAAAAGGACAACAGCAGCAUCAGUGACAAAGGUGUCGGUCAGGAUGACAAGGAUGAGUCUAGUGACAACCUGGCCAGUCUGCAUGACUACUCCAUUGGUUCUGACAGUGACUCGGACCAUGAGCGGGUAUGUUACACUAUUGGUUGGUUGUAUUGUUCCAUUCAUUCUUUUAUUGGUGGGUCACUAAUCACAUUUCAAUGAGGAAAUAACUGGCUGAAAUCUGGUAAUAAGUAUGAAACAUGUUAGAUACAUUGCAAAAAAAAUUAUAUUUUCCUUCCACAGAAGAAACGACAUUCUUCUCUUAAAAAUAGAGAAGAAAAACUGGUAUUUUUUGCUCUUAAAUUAUUUCACAUUUUAAUUAUUAUUUUUUCUGAAUUAAAAAUAAUUUCUACGUCUAUCCUGACUAGAUCAGCGUUUCUCAAAGUUUAAAGUUUGGUGGACCAGUGUACAAGUUUUGAAAUUGCACCAGGGACUAGUGGCAGAUUUAUGAAUUAGAUUUUCUUUUUUGUUUGACCGUGAUUAUUCGUGUUGUGCAGACUGGCAAUGUAAGGCUCUCGAAAGGCUGGUUUAAAUAACAUGUUUAUCUCCUAUUUUGUCAGUAUAUUACUGCAGUCAGUUUGUUCUUGUUACUAUGAUGCACUUAUGUUCUUUCAGAGUUCUUCUGAUGCCUUGAAUAUUGGACCCUUGAAGAUGGCGGCCAUGAAUGGUUUGACCUUGUCCAAGUCCAUGGUUCUGUCUUUGAUGAAUGAUGACAGUAGGGCUCCUACUGAUGACAGGGUAGAUUUUUUAUGCACAAGAAUGUUCUUACUGUUGCUUUUGACUCUAUUUGCAAUAUCACUAUCUUCAUAGUCAUUAUACACUGGGCUUGAAUGCAGUCCGUUCUACAAUAGUUUUAAACGAUGGAUUUGAAUAAAUUUGGUUCCUAAGAGGAAACUGAGGAGAUGCAUGUCAGAAAUCUCAAACUUCAUCUCUCCACUAGUAAAAAUCACAAGGCAAUAUUUUUAAUGUGAUGUCAAAUCUUCAUCAAUACACAUGAUACAUUUUCUAUAAUAAUAUAGCAGUCAUAUAAUAUAUUCACAUUUACACUGUCUGCUGAGAUCCUCAAAAAAUUGUUUCUGGAUAAUCAACUGACAGAUAAAUCUAUAAAUUAAUAAGGCAUCAUAGCAUGUUUAUUGUUGUAUUAGGCUCGCUUUGCGAUUUCAAUUACAUUUUAUAAAGCAAACUGAAUAUCUCAACAGCGGAGAAUGUUGGAGAGUAAAAUAUCCGAAGGGCAGGUGUAUGCCGAGUUUGAACAAAUCCCUCGCAAGUCUGACAGCAUGGAGUGCUGCAUAGCGAUGUCCCAACAUAACACACCAAGGAAUAGAUUUAAAGAUGUUUUACCUUAUGACGCAACGAGGGUCAAACUGAGCCCCAGGAGAGACAACCCAGAUGGAUACAUUAAUGCAUCACACAUUAAGGUA